AGCUUGCCUAGCUGGACCAUGUGGCCAAGGGCUGGGCAGGUCACAGGAGGCCCCUCUGAAGACCCUGGCCUCACCUUGGCUGGUGGGUGGCCCCGCCCACUUCCUUGCUGUCACUCUGUUCCCACAGUGCCACCCUCCCCCAGAGCAGGAGGAAGUGCCGUAUGUCAUCGGUUUUGGGGACAGGAAGCAAGCUCUAGUGGGACUUAGCCCUGGUGGUGGAGGAGGGGGAGGAGGAAAUGCCUACACCCCCUGCCACCCGCAGGCCGCCGCCUGCCGUGCCCAGCGAGCCCCUCUCUGGCCCUGUCUGACAGCUGCCUCCAGGCAUGGCGCUGACUGUGGAUGUGGCGGGGCCGGCGCCCUGGGGCUUCCGUAUCACCGGGGGCAGGGAUUUCCACAAGCCCAUCACGGUGACCAAGGUGAUGGAGCGGGGCAAGGCCGAGGCUGCUGAUCUCAGGCCUGGUGACAUUAUCCUGGCCAUCAAUGGGGAGAACGCACAGGGCAUGCUCCAGGCAGAGGCCCAGAGCAAGAUCCGCCAGAGCCCCUCGCCCCUGCGGCUACAGCUGGACCGGUCCCAGGCUGCCUCUCCUGGGCAGACCAACGGGGAAAGCUUGGAGGUGCUGGCAACCCGUUUCCAGGGCUCAGUGAGGACACACACUGACAGCCUGUCCUCCCUCCAGUCCUCCUGCUCCAGCCCAGCCUCCCCCAGCCCCCGGUCAUACAGCCCCUUCUGCAACCAGCCCUCUACCAGCCCGCCUGCCCUCGCUGGGGAAGCAGCGAUCAGCCGAAGUUUCCAGAGCCUGGCGUAUAGCCCGGGACUCACCGCUGCUGACCACCUGUCCUAUGGGGGCCACCCCGGAAGCCGACAGGCUGGCCUUGGCUCCAGCCUUGCUGGCGAUUCGGCUGUGCUGGUGCUGCCGCCUUCUCCGGGUCCCCGGACCGCCAGCCCCAGGCGCAGUGUGGACUCGGAGCGGGGAGGCCACCACCUGGAAGAGGACUCCGAGGUCUUCAAGAUGCUGCAGGAGAACCGAGAGGCGCGGGCGGCGCCCCGGCAGUCCAGCUCCUUCAGACUCCUGCAGGAGGCCCUGGAGGCCGAGGAGAGAGGUGGCACGCCUGCCUUCCUGCCCAGCUCGCUGAGCCCCCAGUCCUCCCUGCCCACCUCCAGGGCCCUGGCCACCCCACCCAAGCUCCACACGUGUGAGAAGUGCAGCACCAGCAUUGCGAACCAGGCCGUGCGCAUCCAGGAGGGGCGGUUCCGCCACCCCGGCUGCUACACCUGCGCGGACUGCGGGUUGAACCUGAAGAUGCGGGGACACUUUUGGGUGGGGGAUGAGCUGUACUGCGAAAAGCAUGCCCGCCAGCGCUACUCAGCGCCCAAAACCCUCAACUCCCAGGCCUGAGCGUCGCUGUGGUCUCAGCCUGCCCUUGACUCUGUGGGCGCCCCGAGCCAGGGCCUCGCCUGCAGCAAGUUGCCAUGGAAGAGCGAUGGUGGGUGGUGGGUCCCUUUCCUCCUUGCUAGCUGGGGCCAGAAGCGGGGUCCUGUCUCGGGCGGUGGGUGAAGGCAGGCUCACCCUCCCAGGCCUUUGCUAGAUACUCCUGCUCCCCCUGCUGGACAAGUUCUGUACCAGCCUGAGGUGGAUGUUGCAUCAGGGCCUCCCAGAGCAACAGGGGCUACGCUGGUUGGAGGUUGGACCACUAUGGAGAUUAGGAGAGGGGUGGGCCACAGGCUGACGGUAUUCACCGUGUAAAGUUUCUGACAUGUGAGCUCCAUAAACAUACAUACGUGGACAAAAUAAAGUAGCUGCCCCUCUUUCCUGCCCUGGCUUCUCCCUACCAGUGGGUGAAGAGGCUCUAUUUA